AUGGGCAGCUACGCUCCGUUGACGCUGGAAUGCGAUCUUUUGGUCACAAACGGUAUCAUCGUCUCGCCAAGUGAUCUGAUUUAUCCUCCAGCCUCAGACAUCGCCGUCAAGGACGGCAAGAUCCUAUGCAUCGGAGCUCUUCAAGGCAUAUUCACCGCCAAGAAGGUGGUUGACGCCCAGGGCGCAUACGUGACACCUGGAGGCGUCGACACUCACGUUCACCUGGACCAGCACAUCAAUGGCGCCCUGGGCGACAAUUUCGAGGACGGUUCAAGAAGCGCCAUUGCCGGCGGCACCACUACCAUCGUUACGUUCGCGUUUCAGGCCAAGACCGACGACAGUGUCCUGCCUGUGGUCGAGGCCUACCACAAAAAGGCGGCCGGUCUGACAUACUGUGACUAUUCCUUUCACUUGAUCCUGACCAACCCGACACGACCAAUCGUGGAGCAAGAACUGCCCCUCAUGGUCGAGCAAGGCAUCACUUCUGUCAAACUGUACAUGACGUACGACCCGCUCAAGCUGAAGGAUCGGGAGAUCUUGAACAUCAUGCUCGCUACCCGGGCCCUGGGCAUGACGACCAUGAUCCACGCCGAGAACAGUGAUAUGAUCGACCUGAUCAUCGAGCAGCUGUACGAGCAGAAGCUGGGUGACCCUUACUAUCACUCGGUUGCACGACCCAAGGUCGCCGAAGAUGAAGCGACGUAUCGAGCGAUCAGCCUUGCUCAACUCAUGGACACGCCCAUCCUACUGGUCCACGUGUCCAGCGCCGUCGCGGCGCGCCAUGUCCGCGACGCGCAGACCAAACUGCUCCCCAUCCACGCCGAGACGUGCCCGCAGUACCUGUACUUGCUCCGGGACCGACUCCGAGGCGAGAACUUCGAGGGUGCCAAGUGCGUGUGCUCGCCUCCUCUACGAGACAGCCCAGCCGAUCUGGACGCCCUGUGGGAAGCGAUUGCGAACGGCACCUUCACCACCGUCUCCAGCGACCACUGCCCAUUCAGCUUCCACCACCCACUCGGCAAGCAGAUGGGCUUAAAGGACGGUGUCUCCCGCUUCACCGACAUACCGAACGGACUGCCGGGCGUCGAGACCCGACUGCCCCUAAUCUACAAGGGCGCCCAGGAGGGACGGAUCAGCGUGCAGAAAUUCGUCGAAGUCACGUCUUCCAAUCCGGCCAAGCUAUACGGUCUCAAUACAAAGGGGAGCCUGGCUGCAGGGUAUGACGCCGACAUCGUCGUCUGGUAUCCCGACGAGGCGGUCUCGUUCGACCUGACGAACGAGAUGCUGCACCACACGUGCGACUACACGCCGUUUGAAGGCAUCAAGUUCGGCAACUGGCCACGCUACACGAUCAGCAGGGGGGAAGUCGUCUGGUCGCGUGACGAGGGCGGCGUCUUGGGCAGCAAAUCGCACGGCCGGUUCGUGCGGCGGGUCAAGAACGGACUGAGGCAGCCGCGGGGCAAAUUCGAGAACGAGUGGAUUCCGCAGUACAAGGGCCGGAUUCCUGGCGUUACACCCGGCAAAGGCCAUCCUCACAUCGAGGGGGCUUCGCAGAAGGUGGUUGGGAACUAG